CUUCGCAAGUCUUUCGAUUUUUUAACUUCCUGAUUCCGUCAGCUGAUCCUGACACUUCCUUCGACUUUUCAUUCUCCUCAUAUCCUAUAGUGUUUGUCACGCCCAAUCUGUUAAAACAUUCUACAGCUGAAAUUACAAAUAGCAACAACAUAAUAUCAGUAAUGCGUAUAUCCGUUUCUUAUUGAGGUCAUUCCGUGUGAUCAAAAUUGGUCGGCCUAGUUAUGAAGCUUUACAGCUACAUAUUAAAGUGUGAAAUUUACCAGAUUUUAUACGUGCAGGAUGUGUAAUUUAUCGCGAUACGAGGACUUUUUGGCCACGGUUACCAGAGCUUUCGAUCCGAAAUUCUUGUUUCUCACUGUUAUCCCUUUGGUGGCGGGACUCAGUACUCGGCUUUAUUCCAGGCUAUUAUUGAGUGUGUUACUCGCGGAAUAUUUCAACACUUUGUUGAAAUGGAUACUUGCCGAGGAUCGUCCUUUCUGGUGGGUACAUGAAACCAAUGAAUUCACCUCGCUUAAUCGGCCCAAGCUGUAUCAGAAUGAGUACACGUGCGAGCCAAGUCCGGGAAAUCCGUCCGGUCAUUUAAUGACCUCGACCACCUACCUGUAUGUGAUGUUUUCCGUGCUCGAGGAAGCCGUUCUGCAAUAUGGUCGUUCUGUUGUUAUUGCCCUGCGUGUAUGCUACUACUUGAUGCUGCUGUUCAUUUCGGUUUCGCGGAUGUAUUUUGGAUGCCACUUUCUACACCAAUGUAUCUUCGGAAUCUUAUUGGGGGUUGUACUGACGAAGUUGACCAUGUCGCUCAGCUUCGAAAAGCACUUAACCAAACUGUCCAGGAAACGUCGAAUAGCUUACUGCUGCCUAACUUGUCUAGUGUUGCUAGGAAUUUAUUGGGGACAGAAGCUAAUUGGUGUUGACCCUCAGUGGUCGGUAAAGAUGGCCUUCAAAUGGUGUGACGAUCCAUUUUACUUAAAUCCAAGCACCACGCUGGUGUUUAGUGCCAUACGCCUUACCGGUUCACUGGUUGCUUUUGCAAUCGUUGGACCCGUACUGAAAUCCGCUCCGCUCAACUGGAAGCGAAGUAUCCCCUUAACGCUAGUAAUGAUGGCUGCCAAGUGGGUUGCUGUGAGCUACACCCCACGUUACCACGGGGUUGUCGUAUUUUAUCUGUACACCUUUCUAACACAUCUACUUUUCACCUUUGGCUAUAUGCGACUAGUGCCAGCGGUUGCCUCCGCUACAGUUGACUCAAGAGUACAACGCAACUCUAGGCCCAAGAUCAACUGAACAAUAGCUCCUAUCAGAACUGCAUCAUACAUUAUACAGCUUCUCGAAAACCUUGUAGAUUAUCGCUUUUUGCAUAGCACAUAUCAAGCGCAACUUUAGCUCAGCUGGUAAUAAAAUUAUUUCUUGAAAAAUGUUGAA